ACGAAAUAGUCGAUACACCACGUUGAAGUCUUUUCACGAGGACCGGAAGCUCGUGGAGUAUAUAUAUCCACUAUCUGGUGCAUCCAUUUAUUUCAGUAUCAACCGACCUUAUGGCUCCUUCAGUCACUGUAAACAAGCACACGACUGCCUCUAUUCCGAGGCCACAUAUUCUUUAUACUAUCGAAGUCACUCGGAAUGGUGCUCACACUGUUGUGGAUCGGAGGUACAGCGAGUUUGUCGCGCUCAAUGACACGCUUCAAGUGACUAAAUACGCGCUCCCUCCCAAACGCAUACUGGCAACGACCUUCAUUCCCUCUGCGUGGCUUGACGAUGAACUCAUUAAGGAACGAAAGACGGGAUUGAAAGAAUAUCUGACCAAUUUAGUGAGGGACCCUCAAUAUAGCAGUAAUCCGGUCCUGCGGGAAUUCAUUUUGCCCUCUAAACCCUCUCCACCUCGUCGACUCCAAGACGACCUGCUCCACCUCGAAGACGCCGUGCCCUCAACAUUGUCCCGGAAAGCGGCUUUGAGUUUGGUCAAAGGUGGAGUCAAGGCACAGUCCACUCCAAUUGCUGCGGCCUACUAUCCAGAUUGGAGUGCCGGUAGCUUCCCACCGGAAAAAUUAGAUUAUUCUAAAUUCGACAUUCUUUUCUUCGCUUUCGCUACGCCUAAUUCGUCUUCGGGCUUGACCUGGGACUCUGGCAGUCAAUCCAUUCUUCAGAGGCUUGUCACUAGUGCUCGAAACAGCGGUAAGGGAACGAAAAUUGUUCUGUCAGUUGGUGGAUGGGGUGGUAGUUACUGGUUCUCGCAAGCCGUCAGCAGCUCGGCCAAUAGAUCUACGUUCACUAACGCUCUAUCUUCCGCGGUGAAUACGUAUGGUCUUGAUGGUAUCGAUAUUGAUUGGGAAUACCCCAAUUCUACAGGUGCUGGCAAUCCUCACUCCUCGUCGGAUGCGGCAAAUCUCUUAAGCUUGGUACAGUCGCUCCGUUCUGCUCUUGGGACUAGCAAGAUCAUCUCUGCUGCUGUGCCCCACCUCCCAUGGUUAGGCUCCAAUGGUAGCCCCCUCACAAACGUCUCGGCUUAUGCCAAAGUGAUGACAUACGUCAAUAUCAUGAACUAUGAUGUCUGGGGAGCAUCAUCGACACCUGGACCUAAUGCCCCACUCGGGGAUCUCUGUGGCACAUCCUCGCAACCUAAAGCAAACGCUCAAGCCGCUCUGUCACAAUGGACUUCAGCCGGGUUCCCCGCAUCGCAGCUCCUUCUCGGUCUCCCACUGUAUGGCUACGUAUCUCAAAGUUCUGUCACGCGUCUUUCGGGAAGCCUUAUGCCAUCGUCUGAGAUGGUCCUCAUCCAAGGAAACGAUGAGCCCGUCGACGACCAGGCUCGGGUGCACAAGAUGAACUUCCUCAACGGUGCCCACGCCCGGCCAAAGACUCAAGAAGUCAAAGCGACGGCAUCGCUCCAGAGUUGGUGGGGUCAGCAGAUACCUUUCAGUUCUAUUGUGUCGUCCGGUGCCCUGGUGAAGAAUGCAGACGGAACUUACUCGGGAAGUGGCGGAUUUACUUUCAACUGGGACGACUGCAGUGACACGCCGUACUUGUAUAACACCUCUCAGACGACCGUAGUAACCUAUGAUGACACCUGGUCCUUGGCGGACAAAGCGACAUUCGCGAAGAAUAAUGGAAUGGCCGGUUGCUUCACUUGGUCCCUUGAUCAGGACGAUGGUGUUUCCCUAAUGAAUGUCAUCCGAUCUAGUUUGGGGAAGUAGAUCGCAGUUCCCAUGGGCAGGUAACGGAAUGAAAUGAACUUCACGACGUCACGAAAUCAUUCCUCGUAGUGCGACCGAUUCUUCUUAUAAUACAUUGGCAGUCUUUAUCUUCUGCAGCGAUGAUCUAUCUUAGGAACGCACUCCUUCUAUAUAGGAAUCAAGUCAUGCCGCAGCAACCUUUUUCUCUAUAGGCAAGCACCUUCUGGGCAAUGCCACCAUGCUGCAGUCCAUCCAUAUUUAUCAAAGCUAGAAGUAGCAAACGAUACGAUGCCAUCUCCCUCGUUGACGAAUCGGCAGCCUGACGGAUCCUUCAUUCCAUUACAU